AUGAGGAUGGAGGGCGGGGAGGAGAUGCAGGGCGCCGUGGGGCUACGCUGCACCUGGGACAUCCUGCCACCCACUGGCACCCAGUCCAAGUGGGUGAGGCUCAAUGUGGGGGGCACUGUCUUCCUCACCACCAGGCAGACCCUGUGUCGGGAGCAGAAAUCUUUCCUGUGUCGCUUGUGCCAGGGCGAGGAGCUGCAGUCAGAUCGGGAUGAGACUGGUGCAUACCUAAUAGACCGGGACCCCACUUACUUUGGACCCAUCCUGAAUUUCCUCCGUCAUGGGAAGCUGGUCCUGGAUAAAGAUAUGGCUGAAGAGGGGGUCCUAGAAGAAGCCGAGUUUUAUAACAUUGGUCCUUUAAUCCGAAUAAUCAAGGAUCGACUGGAGGAGAAGAACUACACAGUAACUCAGGUGCCUCCUAAGCAUGUCUACCGCGUGCUACAGUGCCAGGAAGAGGAGCUCACUCAGAUGGUUUCCACUAUGUCGGAUGGAUGGCGCUUUGAGCAGCUUGUGAACAUUGGCUCAUCCUAUAACUACGGGAAUGAGGAUCAGACAGAGUUCCUGUGCGUGGUCUCCAAAGAGCUGUACAACUCCCCCAGUGGCCUGAGCUCUGAGCCCAGCCACAAAGCCAAGAGCACAGAGGAGGACCUGGAGGAGGAAGAGCAGGAGGUGGAGGAGGAGGAGGCAGAGGCAGAAGCAGAAGCAGAGGAGAAAGGUGCAGCAAAUCCUUGA